GGCACCACUGGAGAACCGUUCGACUGCACCUCCCACUACUCCAGUUUCGAUUUCAUGUGGUUCGAGGCGAAACGCGACUGGUGUUGCGCCCACCACGGGGCGGGAUGCCCCACGACCACGAGUACCACCACCUCCAAGACAACGACGACUGCAACGACGACCACACAGACGUCGACAACCACCACAAGGACGACCUCGACGUCCACGGGGACCCGGACGACCACGACCAGCACGAAGACGUCCUCGACCACCACCACCACCACGGCCACGAGCUCGACGUCCACGAGCUCCACCAGCCGCACCUCGACGACGAGGACAACAAUGACGUCUGCACACUACGACUGCACGUUGGAGCUCAAUUGGGAGCACGGCUGGUCACAGGCGAAGAAGGACUGGUGCUGCGCGAGCAUCGGCUCCGGCUGUUCCUCCACAGCGACCACCACCACCACCACCACCCCCGCCGCGCCGCUCCCGCGGGCGGCGGCGCCGCAGGACACAUCGGCAGAUUUCGAUUGCACCGAGGGCUUCUUGGACGCCAAGGAGUGGCCGCAGGAGAAGAGGACCUGGUGCUGCACGACCGUCGGCUGGGGGUGCGAGGGGGACGCGCCGCCCAGCUCCACCGCGGCGAGCGUGCAGGACGACAACUCCAAGUACGACUGCGACGUCCAGUACCUGACUUGGGACGUGGACUGGUCCGAGGGGAAGAAGGAGUGGUGCUGCCGGGUCGUCGGCUGGGGGUGCCAGGCUUCACGGGCGUUGGUGCAGAAGUUCGAGCGGCGCGCCCACGGCCCAGGCGCAGGCCGGCUCUCCGGGAGGCCCCUCCUGGCGCUCGCGGGCGCGUGCUGCCUGGCGCUCGCGCUCGCCGCGGGCGUCAUCUGCGCCGUCCGCGCCGCCCGCGCCAACGACCUGGCCGGCAGAGGCAGCUACGUCUCCGUGCCGGCACGGGACGACGGCAUGUUCGCCGAGCACCAGGCGGGGCUCCGGCGCGCGGCGGAGUUCCCUUGGACCAUGCCCUUGCGCUGGGCGCCCCGAGGGCCUCUGGAGUGAGCCCGCGCGGCCGGCUUGGGCGCUUGCCAGGGCGCGCGCGGAUCGGAGCCCCGCCGAGCUGUCAGGGCAGGGAGUGGUCCGAGUCGCGCCGCCCGCCCUGCAGUGGAGGCCCAUGCCAAGGAAGCACCCUGCUGGCCUCCAGGGUGCCCUGGGUGUCUUGGGUGUCGAUGGUUCUGCCAUGGUUUGGCGGCGGUCGGGCUCGGCACCUGGCAUACUUGCAGUGUGAAUUCGUCCUGCGGAAUGGCGCGUGGACUUGUCGCAGCGCGCGCACGCGCCCGAACUGCGGUGCUGGCCAGUCCCUGGCGCGCACGAGAACUGUACAGACCGGCGCGGGCGCGUGGACGAUGUCAAUGCCCCAGCAGCAGCUCCUGGAGCGAGGUCUUCGAAAAG